UCCUUUUUACAAACAAAAAACAAAGCAAGAGUUUCUCUUAUUUCUCCAAUUAAAAAAAAAGAAAGAAAGAGAAAAGAUGAGUUCAAGAAGCAAAGCAUGGUUAGUGGCAGCAACCAUCGGAGCCGUGGAGGCCUCGAAAGACCAGUUGGGACUAUGCCGGUGGAAUUACAUGAUCCGAUCUGUGAAUCAACGUAUCCGAAACAACGUGAGAUCCGCUGCUCAGGUGAACAGGUUCUCUUCUUCGUCCACCAUCCCCCGUGCCUCCUGUAAGGAAGGUGAAAAGGCAAAGCAAGCUGAGGAGUCUCUCAGGACCGUCAUGUACUUGAGCUGUUGGGGUCCUAAUUGAUGAAGACAAAUUGAUCGAGAUCCGACAGGUUGUAUCUAUGUGGCGGAGCUGUGAAAUCCAAAUCCUAAAUAGACGCUAUGAGUUUUGGGGGUUUUGAUGGGUUCUUUCGGGAUGCAAUCAAAUAACGGAUUCGAAUUGUAUAAGGCAAAAUG